AUGACACCUACUGAGGAAGCGCAAUGGAGGAAUCAAACCCUCAUAACUGAAUUCAUCCUGUUGGGGUUCUCCAACCUCCUGCACCUUCAGGGUCUGCUGUUCUGCAUGGUCCUGUUCAUGUAUAUGGGGACAGUGAUGGGACACACCCUCAUCAUCCUUGUUGUCACAGUUGACCCCGCUCUCCACUCCCCUAUGUACUUCUUCCUCAAGAACUUGGCCUUCAUUGAGAUCUGCUUCACCUUGGACACGGUGCCCAAGAUGCUGGUGAACCUCCUGAAGGAGGACAAGAGCAUCUCGUUUGCUGCCUGCGCGUUGCAGAUGUACUUCUUUUUCUUUUUUGGCUGCGCAGAGUGCUUCCUUCUAGCAGCCAUGGCGUAUGACCGCUACGUGGCCAUCUGCUACCCGUUGCGCUACAACACUCUCAUGAAUCAACCAGUCUGCCGCAAGAUAGUGGGCGGUGUCUGGGUGAUCGGAGUUCCUGUCUCUGUGCUGCAGGCAGCCUGGAUAUUCAACUUGCCCUUCUGUGGCUCCAACCAGGUCAACCAUUUCUUCUGUGAUGCUCCGGCAGUGCUGAAGCUGGUCUGCACUGACACCUACCUCUAUGAGAUGCAGGCUGUUGGCUCCACGCUGCUGUUCCUCAUGUUCCCCUUUGUGCUGAUCCUGGUCUCCUAUGUCCACAUCCUCACCACCAUCCUGAGAAUGCCAUCAGCCGAGGGCAGGCACAAGGCCUUCUCCACCUGCUCCUCCCAGCUCAUCGUGGUAACUUUGUUCUAUGGAAGUGGCAGUUUGGUGUAUCUACGGCCCAAGUCUAGCUACUCCCCAGAUGUCAAGAAGCUCCUAUCUCUGUUCUACACAGUCCUCACACCCAUGUUGAACCCCAUCAUCUAUAGCCUGAGGAACACUGAGGUGAAAGGGGCUCUGAAGAGAGUGAUAGGGCAGAAAUUGUUCUUGCAGAAUUAG